AUGGAACAUAUCAACGUAUAUCAACUGACUGGUCCCAGCGGCCAAUGUCUUUCGUUCGAGGCAAGUUGGCGUCGCUUCCGGUGCCGUCGUGAUGCUCGAAAUUCACAGCGAGAGCUGUUCGACAAGCGCUUGGCGGACAUUCAGAAGGUAGAAGGUCUAUUGCCCAACGAGCAGAGAGCGGCGCUUGUUUUCAAUGCUUUGCAGAAGUUCUUGUUGCGACCUUUCAUCUUCUUCUUUUCUGGCUCCGAGGAUGCGGGGAGGCUGGAUUCCUUGCUGCGAUUGGUGCGCAGCUCGGGGCAGCAACCGGCGCGGUGCAACAUUUUUGCCACGCUGUUGGCCGAUGAGGAGCUGCAGCGGCAGAGAACCUCAGCACAUAGCCGUGGUUUGCUGCAAGCACUUCUACAGUUGGGUCUCAUGCGGGAGGCCAUUGGUUUGUUGUUGAUGAUCCGUGAUGUCCUCUACGACAAGGCGAGUGGCGCUGCAGUCCACCCGCAGAGAUCACCUGCUGCCAUUGGUUUUCUUCUCAGGGGAACCCAGGUCUUGGAGCUGGCCUUGCCGGACCAAGUGCCAUUGGACGAGGAAUCUCAGUUGGCAGCUGUGGACCUGGUGCGUUUGGCCUGCAUAGGCAUCGAAGUCAGCACCGAAAAGCCGCAGCGGCAGCUUUUGAUGACGCUCUUGUCAGCCCCGGCUUUGCCAGAGCUAGUGGAGCUAAUGGAACAACCCAGGUUCUUCUUCGAUCGGCUGAAGCUUCCAGAGAGCUGUCAAGAUGCCAAGAUUCUGGACGAGGAGAUCAUGGGCUUGAAGCGCCUGGAGUGGUUGGCUGGCAACGUCGGAAUCCUCUUCCCACAGUUGCAACAGCCUCAAACGGUGAUUUCCUGGCUUAGUUGGAUCAAGGCAAAGCUAUCCUUGGACUUCUGGACAAGCAACCUGAAGGCUGUCCCAAGGCAGAGACUCUGGCAUCCGGCGCUGGCGAGAGAGCUGGCACGGGUGGAAGAGCCCAUGCUGGACGAUGUGCUGAGUUUCUAUUUCCAGGUCAUGGGUACAGUGGAUGAGUUCCGCCAGAAGGGAGCCAUUGGCGCCCUUCGGGAUGCAGCCCUCGAUACGAGGGAUAUGGCCACGGGCGCAGGUACCUGGCUUUGGGGAAAUGUGAAGUCCCUGGUGGGGGAAGAUGGACAAGACACUGCAGUGCUCAUCUUCGAUGGGGUGCCCCCACGUGGUGCCACAGCACCCUUGCAGUUCAGUGAUGGCCAAGUUGUGGAGGCAACAGUGAUGGAGGUGGAUGGUGUGUCAGAUCCCCCUAGAGCCCAAGUCAAAGUGGAAGGCAUUGAGGAGCCCUUGCUAGUACUCGUGCGGACCACCAACGAAGUGGUUCAUGCAGAGAAUGAGCCUGGCCUGCUGGGCAGCAUCAAACAGGAAUGGGACCAAACAGUGCAAGACUUUCGACAGAAGGGAGCUGUAGGUGCCCUGAAAGAUGCAACUAUGGAUGCGGUGGAUUUGGUGGGAAGCACUGCUGGCAAGGCAGUGGACCUCAUUGGCAACACAGCUGACAAAGCCAUUGAUGGGGCACGCUCUCUGAUAGAUUUAGACGCACCAACGGAGCAAACAGCCGAUCAGCAGAGCCAGGGUCAGGGGUCAACCCAGCCUCCAACUCAGCCUCAACCUGGCCGCGUCAUGCAGUUUGUGGACAGUGUGAAGACUGAAAUCAAAGACACGGUCCAAGAUUUCCGUGAAAAGGGUGCUGUUGCGACCUUGAAGGACGCUGCUAUGGAUGCAGUGGAUCUGGUUGGGAACACUGCAAGCACUGCUGUCAGUGGAGCUAAGACAGUUGCUGCCCCUAUCCUUGAAGAUUUCUGGGCUAAGCCGGAGGAAACAGCUCCGGAGGCCUCUCCAGGCCCCGCUGCCAGCAGUUCAGCGCCAGCUGAGAGAGCACCAGCUGCUGCCCCGGCUAUGGCGACUGCGGCGACUGCGGCGACUGCGGCGACUGCGGCGUCCGCAGCUUCUGCAGCUUCCACGGCCGCACCAGCUGCUCCAGCCGCAGCCGCAGCGGCCAUGGCAGCCACGGCAACUUCCCCGAGUCCAAAAGCUGGGUACGUAGCAACUCCUCCCAAGGAUGCAGAGGGUGAUGAUGGAAAGGCUCGUAAGUCCUUGGUGUCGAUGCGACGUGGCAUGUUUGAACAGAAAAAGGACGAAACCAAGGAAGAGCCCAAAAAAGAGGAUGAGGCACAGGAAGAGGAGGAGCUCGCUUUCAAGUCCCACCUUCUCGAGCGCUUGCGCCCAAGCGGUGAUAUCAAAAGAAGCCUGGGAGACUUCACCACAGCAUUCACCUUGAGGUUGCACGCCUUCACUUUGAUCUUCAAGUCGAAGUUGCAUGGGACCUUUGAUGCUGAGUUGGAUGACCCCACAGGUUGGUGGAGCCGUAUGGAUGCUCAACAACUGCUGCCGUAUCUGAACCGCUUGGCUUUGGCACUUCUGCGGGAUGAACCUGAUAGUCGAAACCUGCCAGUACAGGGCAAGGCGCUGCGCGUCAGCUUGUUGCUUCUCUUGCGCAGCCUCUGCGACCGCCAGCGGCGCAAAGCGCUGGCACCCGGCACCUGGUGGCUGGCACCAGAGUUGCGGAGUUUGCUGCAGGAGGGUCACCUGGCAGAGCUCAGUGCCCACGUCUCCGGCGCCUUAGGCGCCGAGAGCACGGCCACCGCGGCUCCAGCGGUGCCUGGGAGCCGAGAGCUGCUGGAGACGGUCCUGGCGGAAGCACCUCAGAUGCUGCCCUUCGAAGAUCGUGUUGCUUUGCUGCACGCUCUCAUCCUUGCAGACCAGGCUGAUCGGGAAGACACACGUGCAGACUGGGCGAGAGCCAGUCAGCCACGACAUCGCAUUCGAAGAGAUUACCUCAUGGAGGAUGGCUUUGCAGCUUUUGAGCGGCUGACUACAACUGCGGAGCUGCGCUCCGUCUUCGUUGUGGAGUUUGUAGCAUCUGAUGGAAGCCUGGAAAGUGGUAUUGAUGGAGGUGGACUCUUCAAAGAAUUCAUGAUCUAUGUUUGUCGCACUGCUUUCAGCCCUGAGUAUGGGCUUUUCAGUGCCAACAGCGACAACCGAAUGUACCCUUUCCCGGGUGCUUUUGCAAUGCAUCCAGAUGCCGAGAAGCUGUUCCGCUUCUUGGGCAAGGUGGCUGGCAAAGCUAUCUACGAGAUGAUGCUGCUGGAACCGCAGUUCUCACGCGCCUUCCUGAAUCGCGUGCUGUGCCGGGAGAGUGACAUCGAGGAUGUGGCUAGCGUCGAUCGUGACUUGCAUCGUGGCAUGUGGCAAACCAGACAACAUCCAAAUGUUGAGGAGUUGGGCCUUAGCUUCACAACAGCUGUGGAGCUGCCUACGGGAUGUAGUGAGGUGGAGCUGAUCCCUGGUGGUGCCCACGUGGAUGUGACCAAGGACAACCUGGAGAGAUAUCUUCAGCUGCUGACAGUCCAUCGAACCAGCACCCAGAUGGACCGGCAAUCCGCAGCGCUUCGGGAGGGCAUGGAGUGUGUUCUUCAUUCCUCCUGGAUCGGCAUGUUCGACGCUCGAGAGCUUGGGAUUCUCAUCUCUGGCUCUUCCACCGGCUUCAACGUUGCAGACCUCAAAGAGCACACGGUCUAUGCCGGAGGUUACAAUGAGCGCAGCCAAGUGAUCCGGUGGUUGUGGGAUCUGCUGGACCAGAUGGAGCCAGAGGAUAUGGGCAGCUUUCUGAUGUUCGCUACAUCAUGUAGCCGACCCCCACUCCUAGGCUUCAAGAGCUUCGACCCCAAGUUCUGCAUCCACAAAGUGAACGACGGGUCGCGUCUGCCAACAGCUUCCACCUGCGCGAACUUGCUGAAAUUGCCUGAAUAUCCCAGCAUGUUGGUGCUUCGAGAGAAGUUGCUGCAAGCCAUUCGUUCGGAGAGCGGCUUUGACUUGAGCUGA